ACGCUGAUGGCGCUCGGGAUUCACGUAGCGUGAUCGAAGGGUGUUCGACGUGAUCCUCAUCCGCGUGUCCCGUGUGCACGAUUUAAAGAUUAAUCUGUCGUUACGAACACGCGACAAUGACGGAUGGCACCGGGAACGAAGAUUCUGCUGUUUUUAAUUCCAUAUCCGAUCCUGGUAAAGCAAAUACCAGCACAGCAGGUCCUGUAGUUUUGUAUUCAACCGCACAAGCAUGGCGAGCUCAAUUCUAUCGCAGUCUCCACCGCUCCAGUUUCUCGGAAUCAUCGGAUGAGGAGGAAGAUCUGUCCCAGUAUCAAUUCGAGGACGAUCUCGAGUAUCUCAGAUCUCUUGAUCCGAGGGACUGGAAGGAUCAGGAUCAUUAUGCUGUUUUAGGCUUGAAAAAUCUUAGGCACAGAGCAACAGAAGAUGUCAUCAAAAAAGCUUAUAAGCAAAAAAUAUUGAAACACCAUCCUGAUAAACGCAAGGCGAUGGGCGAAGAGAUCCGACCAGACGACGACUACUUCACGUGUAUAACUCGUGCCUGGGAGACCCUCGGGAGUCAAGCGAAGAGACGAAGCUACGACAGUGUGGAUCCUUAUUUUGACGACAAUUUACCGGACGAAAAAGAUUGUCGGAAUAAUUUUUACGAAAUCCUGGGUAAAGCUUUCAAGGAAAACUCACGGUGGUCCGUAAAGAAGCCAGUGCCAUACUUGGGCGGACCAUACAUGGAACGAGAAAAAGUAGAGGAAUUUUUCGUUUGGUACGACUUUGAUUCCUGGCGCGAAUACUCAUACCUCGAUGAAGAAGAUAAGGAGAGUGGUCAAGACCGAGACAUGCGGAAAUGGAUCGAGAAGAAGAACAAAGCCACGAGAGCGAAACGAAAAAAAGAAGAGAUGUUGCGAAUACGAUCUUUAGUUGACAUGGCUUACAAUAUAGAUCCUAGAAUAAAGAAAUUCCAGCAAGAAGAUAAAGAUAAAAAGAACGCCGCAAAGAGAGCGAAACAGGAAGCGGCAAAGGCCAGGCAGCAGGAGGAAGAGAGAAUAGCCCGCGAUGCGGCGGAAAAGGAAAGAUUGGAGAAGGAAAAGAAGGAAUCUGAAGAGAGAGCGAGACAGGAGACGCUGAAACAGGAACGAGAGAUGCAGAAAAAGGCAUUGCGCAAGGAGAGAAAAGCGCUCAGAGAUUUCUGCAAAGCGAACAAUUACUUCGCUCAAAAUUCGACGGAGAGUCUCCGGCAUAUGGAAAGCGUGGAGAAGAUUUGCGAGCUGUUUAAGCUAGUGCAGCUGGAGGAAGCGAUGAAGAAGUUGCAGAACGACGGGAGGAAUGCCUUUUUAAGCAUUAUCGAAGAGAUGGAACGGAGAAUCGAGGCGGAACGUCGUGUGAAUGUGAUUAAUAACGAUGCGAAAAACAUGCCCGAGAAGCAGACCAAGACCUGCACCGCGCCCUGGAGCGAGAAUGACCUGCAACUCUUGAUAAAAGCGGUCAAUCUGUUCCCCGCCGGGACCAAUCAACGUUGGGAAGUGGUUGCGAAUUUUAUUAAUCAACAUAGUGGUUCUACUAGCGGAGUUACUCGCGACGCCAAGGAAGUCUUAGCAAAAGCCAAAAGUCUGCAAUCGACUGACUUUAGCAAAUCGAGUUUGAAGGAGCAAGCCAAUAAAAAGGCCUUUGAUAAUUUUAUCGCCGAGAAAAAGAGUAAGGAGGCAGUUGAGGAGAGAAUGCCGGCUGUUACGGAACGCUUGGAUCAUCCAAUCGCGAACGGUGUCACCGCUGAACCUAAAGAGGUAAAAAAGGAAAUGACACCGUGGACACCGGGUGAACAGAAACUUCUCGAACAAGCUCUAAAAACCUAUCCCACCACGGUCUCUGACAGAUGGGACCAGAUCGCCGCGUGUAUACCGAGCAGGACGAAAAAGGAGUGCAUGAGGAGAUAUAAGGAACUAGUAGAGCUCGUGAAAGCAAAGAAGGCGGCGCAGGUGGCUAAAUAAUAUUAACUGCACCCUAAGCUCGAAAUUUAUCUCUAACUUAUUGAACUCUAGUUAAACAAGCAAUUUUGGCGCGGCGAUGACGUCGUUCCUUGAGACAAGGAUUUCUCCUAACACAGGGAUGGAGGAUUUCCUUUCGAGAAAUAUAAUCGAAAUUUAAGACUGGACGACGAGAACCUUAGCUUACUCAUUGAGUACCAGUUCGCGUGUAUACCUGUGCCUUGCUACAGCCGAUACGUGCACGAGUUAGCUGCACGGCAUACACAGAAAUUUGACACGUUUUGUUGGAUAAAUUCUGGGGUUUGUUUUAAUUCCUAACGCGUUGUACUUGUAAUGUACCUUUAGAAAAUUGUGCUGCUGCCGAUCAUUAUUUCCGUGGUGAUAAAACUUACAACUUGGGAAGAUCUCUCGUGUACAGCUUCCAUUUUUGCAAUAUGAAUCUUUGUGGACGAUCUAUACUUCGUGCUGUAAGUACUGUAAGAUAAGGAGAAACUGCUACUGGACAAAUGGCUGAAGGAGGAUGGCGAACUUUAUAAAUAAACGUCGAUGUUUUGAAAGACG